CGACGCGACGGAGUUACGCAAGAGCCAGGAAAUCGUCGCGAAUCGGGAAACUGCGCUCGUACUCGGUUUAAUUUUGCUUAUGUAGAUAAGAUUAUACGUAUUGUUGUUUUUCUCGUCUCGUUCUUUUCCGCCGCUCGGGCUCGAGCUAAUACGUAGCCGUCGCGAUAACGAAGGCGGGAAGUAGACGACGAGCGCACUUCGGUCGGACCGCGUGCCAGUCGUACUCGGAUGCUGUCGAGUUCGGACGCACAAGGAAAAUUAUAAGAGAAGUCGGUGGCGCAGCGGCGGCACCGCUAUUGUAGAUUUUUCCAUCGUCGUUUCGCGUCCGUCCGUCGGCAACUCCUGACCUCUCGGUACAAAAGCACACAUCGCGCCCAAAAUGGACAAGGAUUUACAAGAAGGACUGUUGUUGGGAAUGGGAAAUCCGCUUCUUGAUAUUUCGGCGAUCGUAGAUCACGAAUUUUUAAAGAAAUACGACUUGAAAUCGAACAACGCUAUUCUCGCCGAGGAUAAGCACAAGCCGUUGUACGACGAGUUAAUUAACUUGUACAAAGCUGAUUUUAUUGCCGGCGGAUCUGUACAAAACACCAUGAGAGUGGCGCAAUGGUUCUUGCAAAAACCUAAAGUCGCCACGUACAUGGGCUGUGUCGGUAAGGACAAGUACUCGGAGAUACUGGAGGACAAAGCGACGAGGGACGGUUUGAACGUUCGGUACCAAUAUACCGAUCAGGAGCCAACGGGAACGUGCGCGGUGCUUAUCACCGGCAAAGAUCGCUCUUUGUGCGCUAAUCUAGCGGCGGCUAAUUGCUUCUCGCUUACGCACAUCGAGAAACUGGAAAACAAACAGCUCAUAGACAGAGCGGAAUAUAUUUACAUAUCAGGGUUCUUUUUGACAGUCAGUCCGGAAUCCAUACUGGCGAUGGCGAAACACGCGAACGAGACCGACAAGAUGUUCAUGAUGAAUCUGAGCGCACCGUUUUUGUGCGAGUUCUUUAGCGGCCCGAUGCUGGCCGCAAUGCCUUACGUGGACAUUUUAUUCGGCAACGAGACGGAAGCGGACACGUUCGCGAAGGUCAACAAUUUUAACACGACCGACAGGAAGCAAAUCGCGCUGAAGAUAUCGGAGAUGGAGAAGAUCAAUGGGAAGAGAAAAAGAAUCGUCGUUAUAACGCAGGGCGCCGAGGCGGUGCUCGUGGCCGAGAACGGGACGGUGACGGAAUAUCCUGUCGUGAAACUGUCGGAGGACAAAGUCGUGGACACCAACGGCGCCGGGGACGCUUUUGUCGGAGGCUUUCUGGCGCAACUUGUACGGAGAAAAGACGUAGAAACGUGCGUGAAAUGCGGCAUCUGGGCGGCGACACAGAUCGUUCAAAGAUCUGGAUGUACUUACGAAGGGAAACCAAGUUUCCAGUCUUGAUCACCGCCGUUGGAAUAGCGAUAAUAUAAAUUGUGUACUUAACAAGAGUUCUAACGUGCUUCUCCUUUUUUUUUUUUUUAAUCUUAAUUUUUUCUCAUCUUUUGUACCAAACUUGUAUAAAGAAAAAAAAACUUGCAUUUUAUGUGCGCACAACUGUAUAUUCGAAUUGAUUUCGCUUCUGAAUUGAAAAUCCGUGUAAAUCUCGCAUUGUGAGAAAAAAAGGAAAAAAUAUCACACACUCCAACAACAACGUA